AUGACGGUCGACGCGUCGUCGGCUGUACCCUCCCGAGCCGGCACGCCGCGUCUCAAGCCUUCGGCCUCGGCCCCUCUCGACCCUCGCCCUUUGCCUGCGAAUCGUCGGACCAGUCGGCCGCCGACGACGGAUCCGCUCUCUGAUCGAGCGACCCAAGCCCUCAUCCGGCGGACGCUCUGCCCCCAGCAGUCGCGCGACAAGGGACGCGAUGCCCCGCCGCCCAUCCACGACCUGCUCCCGCCCCUGACGAGCCGAAACGACGUCGAUCUCGAGCUAUAUGCCUUUCUCGCCAUCAUCCUGCGCGACUUUGUGCAAAGCUGGUAUGGCAACAUCACGGCCGACGAGUCCUUUGUUGCCGAGAUAGUGCACAUCGUUGCUCACUGCUCGCGCGCCCUGGAGCAAAGGCUCCGCAAGCUGGACUUGGAGAGCUUGGUCUUCGACGAGUUACCCGAGGUGCUUGAUCAGCACGUAGCAGCUCAUCGGCCCGCCGCGCAGCCCCCCCUGGCCAUCGAUCCUCACCAAGCAUACCACUCUCUCUGGCCGCUCCCGCUCCUUUCGCCGGUGCCCGAUCCUGGAGAUGCGGUAACGGCAGCCGAGCAACGAGAAAACGAGGCCGCCUACCGCCAGCUGCUGGUCCAGGCUGUGCUGGCCGUGCUGCUCCCGACCGAGGAUCUCGAGAAUCCAUGUCUAACGGCCCUCGUUGGGCAGAUAUUUUCCGAGCUCAUCAUCGCCGGCGUCCUUGUCAACAAAGCAGCUCAACCGUGGCUCGUCUUCGAGGCAUUCACCGUGCUGUCCUCGAUUUGGCUUCUGGUCGAAUCGCUGGCCAUGUCGUCAUCUCUGCCGCCACGGGCUACACGUGGGACUGACAGGGAGCGAAAGCCCGGUCAGAGCCCAGGACCACCCCACCCGGCCAAAGUCCCUGUUUUGGAUUUUGCUGCAUGGCGCUGCGCGGGCAACCUGAUAGAGAUGAGUUCCAGGAUGCCCUGGCUCGGCGGCUUCCUGUCACUACUGCAAUUUGGCGCGGUUCAUGGUCCGGGCCGCGUCGCUGGCUUGGACCGCACACUUGACAGGCUGCUUUCCCACCGCAUCAAAGCCCUCCUCUCGCCUGCCCGUCUGUCAGCCGCCCUCCGCACCAUCCGCGGCGUCGUCUUCCCCAACAACGCCCCCGGCUCGUCUUCCCUGUGCCCCCCAUGCUCCGAGGCCGAGCUACGCGCUCUCCGACGCAGAGCCGCUAGCGCGAUUUGGGGCAUGUUGCCGAGCGGGGUGGCCCGCGUGUAUUUCGGUGCUGGCAGCCCGUGGCAGCGGCGCCCCGGGACUGCCAAGGAGGAGGAGGACAGGGUGCUGGACGAUAUCGAGGACCUAUUGAUGGUGCUCGGGGACGAGUACUGCAAUAAGCAUCUCGUGUACGGGCUGCUCGAGCUCCUGCUUGUCAGGCUCAUCCCCGAGCUGAGCGAAAAGGGGGUCUUGGAGCUCUGGGACGAGAGGCUCGGCUGA